AUGCCUGUCAAUCCCUCAUUGGAAGGAUCAACUUUCGAUGUCGACCUGCGCGACCGGCACUUGAUCUACGAUUACGCAGCACAAGACGAGCACGGCAAUCCGGAAACUUGGCGAUAUGAGAUGUGGUUCCAGAACGAGGAUCGCAUCAAUUAUGCUAUCCACGGCGGACCGAUGGCAGGUCGCUUCAACUUCCAAACAGCCACCUAUCAAUGCAUUCGACCAGGUGAAUUGUGGCAAUGCAACUGGUUGGAAGAGACGGGAACCAUUUGCUCGCUUGUAUAUGAUAUACCGCGGCGAAAGAUCUCCACUCUACUUGGAUUCUCCAAGGGCCAUUGGGAGAAGGCCGAGGAGGCCCAUGGUGAUAAGCGGAACCCGAAAGACUUUGAGAGAUGGCGGGGGUUGGCACGGCUUGGAAUCCAGACCGAUCGCCACAUGCUGAGCGAGCAAGCUGAUAUUUUGGAGGAUUUCCGCGGGCCCGGGGAUUUGAAGCCGGUUGACAAUAGCUGGCCCACGCUGUGA